GUGGUUCUAGAAACAUUUGUCAUCACCCGUCGUUAAGAUGAUGGAGCCUCAAGCCCUCAACCCCAACAGCAAGACGGAGUAGCUCGAGGUAAAUGAUGGGCCCUCGUCGGACUCGAUCCGCAUGCGUGAGCUUCUGAGUCCGAUAUCACCACCAUUCGGACAGAACGGAAUUAAGACGGCCGCAUGGUAAGAACAAAGACGCCAUGAAGAUGAGGCAUUGGGGUAUAAGGAGGAGAGGACGGGACGAACAGUAGAGGUCGAGAGCUGUCAUUCAGUAACAGCAGAACACAUCAGAAACUACCAUCAUCAAAAGCUCCCUCGUGCACAUCAGCAUAAACAGUCACCAUGACCGCAAAGUACGCCAAAGAUCAGUCUGCUGGGUUCACUAACCGCAUCGAGCGCAUCACCAUCGUCGGUGCCGGUGGCACCGUUGGCUCCACCAUCGUUGAAGAGCUCCUCGCUACGGGAAGACAUACCGUAACCGCCCUCACCCGGCCUGGCAGCACCAACUCCCUGCCCGCCGGCCUCAAGACCAUCGCCGUGUCCUACGAUAGCAGCGAUGGCGAAGCCGCCCUAGUCGACGCUCUCGGGGGCCAGCAAGUCCUCAUCAUCUGCCUUUCGCCACAGGCCGCUCCCGACACCAACCACAGGCUCGUCGUCGCGGCCGCCAAGGCUGGUGUGCCCUACGUCAUGCCUAACGGGUGGGGCUGGCUCUGGCUCGACGAUGAGGAGAAGGAGAAACGCAUUAAGUCCAUGCACGGCGAAGUUGUGUACCAGAACCUGAAGGACGUCGAAGCGCAGGGGGUGUCGAGCUGGAUCUGCGUCCGUUGCUCGUUUUGGUACGAGUUCUCGCUUUAUAAGAGUGAGCGCAACUACGAUUUUACGUUGCCUGACAAGAAGGUGACCUUCUUUGAUGACGGCGAGAAGAAGAUCUGGACCACUACCACGAGACAGGUGGGAAGGGCCGUCGCGAAGCUGUUCAGCCUGAAGGAGCUGCCUGAGGACGAGAACGAUCAGGAUCUCACGGUUGCGAGGUGGAAGAACAGACCGCUGGUUGUCGGCAGCUUCAAUGUCUCGCAGAGGGAUAUGCUGGACUCGGUGCACCGUGUCAUGGGAACCACGGAUGAGGAUUGGACUAUCACGAAGGAAUCUUCUGUGGCGAGGAGGGAGCGGGGAUUGAAGCUCAUGGCGACUGACCCCAGCCAUAGGUUUGUGCUCGCUCUAUAUGCCUCGAUUUUCCUGCCCGAUGAGGUCAGCUGGUUUGGCAAAGCGACUUUUGACCAGGAGGAGGUGGAUAAUCAGUUGUUGGGACUGCCGAAGGAGGAUUUGGAUGAGGCGACCAAGCGCGCGGUCGACAUCGCGGUCAAGAUGAGGCAGUGAUUGGAUCGCGCAAGUUGGCCACACCUGUUAAUCAACCGUAAAGGUGUCAGUUAAGCAAUUACCCUCUUUAGAUACGAGCAUUUCCCUU